AAAAAGGAGAGAGGAGAAGAAGAAAGAGCAAGAGGAAAACCAUGGGACCAUAAGGAAAGGGCGGAAUAGGCCUCUGCGUGCGUGUGACUGCCCGCUCCCUCCUCCUCCUUUUCUUCCUCUUCCCUUCCUUUCUCCUCCUCCUCUUCCCUUCCUUUCUCCUCCUCCUCUUCCCUUCCUUUCUCCUCCUCCUCUUCCCCUCCUUUCUCCUCCUCCUCCUGCCCCCCUGCCCCUCGGAGGGUGGAGAUCCUCCUGCCACUCAGCUCCCUCUCUCUAAUCCUACAGGUGUCAGUGGCUGCAGCCCCUCUCUGCAGGCCAUCCUGUUGCUCCCCCCUCGCCCUUCCUCCUCCUCCUCCUCCUCCCCCCGCCCCGUGCUCCCGCUCCCCCUCCCCGGCUGCACAUGGGCCGGGCCGGGGCCGGGGCGCGCUGAGCCUGUGCGGAGCCCUCGGGCGGCGUUGGGCAGGAGGAGCGGUCCUGCAGCAGUAUCACGCUAUGCACUGAGUCUGGCCAGCCGGCCGCCUGCCUCCUCCGUCCCUGCCCGCAUCGCACUACCCAGACGCCCUCUUCCUCCUCCUCUUCUGGUCCCACUGGCCCCAGGGGGGCACCGAGCCCAUUGUCUGGAGAGGGGCAGGGGGCUCCCCGGAGCCGGGAAGAGGCCUGAGCGAUGGCAGCGGCGGCAGGGGCUGUGGGCGCCUUCAACGGUUUCGCGCCCUGCAUCCAGUCCGAGGCCCAGGCCGCCCACCUCUGCCGGAGCCUGGAGGUGGGCACCGUGAUGACUUUGUUUUACUCGAAAAAAUCUCAGCGGCCGGAGAGGAAAACUUUCCAGGUCAAACUGGAAACCAGGCAGAUCACAUGGAGCAGAGGCUCGGAUAAAAUCGAAGGAGGCAUUGACAUCCGUGAGAUCAAGGAAAUCCGGCCUGGGAAGAGCUCCCGGGAUUUUGACCGCUAUCAGGAGGACCCUUCGUUCCGGCCAGACCAGUCCCACUGCUUCGUCAUUCUGUACGGGAUGGAGUUCCGACUGAAAACCCUGAGUCUUCAAGCCACGUCGGAGGAAGAAGUGAACAUGUGGAUCAGAGGCCUGAACUGGCUGGUGACUGAUACUGUCAAGGCGGCCACCCCACUGCAGAUCGAGAGGUGGCUCCGAAAGCAGUUCUACUCGGUGGAUCGCAACAGGGAAGACAGGAUUUCCGCUAAGGACUUGAAAAACAUGCUGUCCCAGGUCAACUACCGUGUCCCUAACAUGCGGUUCCUGAGGGAGCGGCUGACGGACCUGGAGCAACGCAAUGGGGACAUCACCUACGGACAGUUUGCUCAGCUGUACCGCACCCUGAUGUACAGCGCUCAGAAAGCGAUUGAGCACCCUCUCAUCGAAGCCAAAAUCAUCAGGACUGGGGAGCAUCCCGAGCUCUGUAAGUUGUCGCUCCCAGAGUUCCAGCAGUUCCUCGAGGAACACCAGAAGGAGCCCUGGGCCUCGGACAGGAGCCUGGUGCAGGAGUUCAUGCUCAGCUUCCUCCGGGACCCCCUGCGGGAGAUCGAGGAGCCGUACUUCUCGCUGGACGAGUUUCUCACCUUCCUGUUCUCCAAAGAAAACAGCGUUUGGAACGCCCAACUCGACGCUGUGUGCCCAGAAAGUAUGAACAAUCCCCUGUCACAGUACUGGAUCUCCUCAUCACACAAUACGUACCUAACGGGCGACCAGUUCUCCAGUGAGUCGUCGCUAGAAGCCUAUGCCCGCUGCCUGCGCAUGGGCUGCCGCUGCAUCGAGCUGGACUGCUGGGACGGGCCGGACGGCAUGCCGGUCAUCUACCACGGGCACACGCUGACCACCAAGAUCAAGUUCUCUGACGUCCUGCACACCAUCAAGGAGCACGCCUUCGUGACCUCGGAGUAUCCCGUGAUCCUGUCGAUCGAGGACCACUGUAGCAUCGCCCAGCAGCGGAACAUGGCUCACUACUUCAAGAAGGUGUUCGGGGACAUGCUGCUCACCAAGCCGGUGGACGUCUCGGCUGACGGGCUGCCGGCCCCCAAUCAGCUCAAGAGGAAGAUUCUCAUUAAGCACAAGAAGCUGGCAGAGGGCAGCGCCUACGAGGAGGUGCCAACGUCAGCUAUGUACUCGGAAAAUGACAUCAGCAACUCCAUCAAGAACGGAAUUCUCUACCUGGAGGACCCCAUCAACCACGAAUGGUACCCCCACUACUUUGUCCUGACCAGCAGCAAGAUCUACUACUCAGAGGAGACCACCAAUGACCAGGGGAAUGAGGAUGAGGAGGAACAGAAGGAGGCAAGCAACAGCACGGAGCUGCACUCGGCCGAAAAGUGGUUCCACGGGAAGCUGGGCGCGGGACGGGAUGGCCGGCACAUCGCCGAGCGGCUGCUCACCGAGUACUGCAUCGAGACCGGCGCCCCCGACGGCUCCUUCCUGGUGCGCGAGAGCGAGACCUUCGUGGGAGACUACACCCUCUCCUUCUGGCGCAACGGAAAGGUGCAGCACUGCCGCAUCCACUCCCGCCAGGACGCCGGCAGCCCCAAGUUCUUCCUCACCGACAACCUGGUGUUCGACAGCCUGUACGCCCUCAUCACCCACUACCAGCAGGUGCCCCUGCGCUGCAAUGAGUUUGAGAUGCGCCUGACGGAGCCCGUGCCCCAGACCAACGCCCACGAGAGCAAGGAGUGGUACCACGCCAGCCUAACGCGGACCCAGGCGGAGCACAUGCUCAUGAGGGUCCCGCGGGAUGGGGCCUUCCUUGUGCGCAAGAGGAGCGAGCCCAACUCCUACGCCAUUUCCUUCCGGGCGGAAGGGAAGAUCAAGCACUGCCGCGUCCAGCAGGAGGGCCAGACGGUCAUGCUGGGCAACUCGGAGUUCGACAGCCUCGUGGACCUCAUCAGCUACUACGAGAAGCACCCGCUGUACCGCAAGAUGAGACUGCGUUAUCCUAUCAAUGAGGAGACGCUGGAGAAGAUAGGCACCGCGGAGCCGGACUACGGAGCCCUGUACGAAGGCCGCAACCCCGGCUUCUACGUGGAGGCCAACCCGAUGCCCACUUUUAAGUGUGCAGUCAAGGCCCUGUUCGACUACAAGGCCCAGCGGGAGGAUGAGCUGACGUUCACCAAGAGUGCCAUCAUCCAGAAUGUGGAAAAGCAGGAGGGGGGCUGGUGGAGGGGAGACUAUGGAGGCAAGAAACAGCUCUGGUUCCCUUCCAACUACGUGGAGGAAAUGGCCAGUCCGGCCCUGGAGCCCGAGAGAGAGCAGCUGGACGAGAACAGCCCCCUGGGGGACCUGUUGAGAGGAGUCUUGGAUGUGCCCUCCUGUCAGAUCGCCAUCCGCCCGGAGGGGAAGAACAGCCGGCUGUACGUAUUCUCCGUGAGCAUGGCCUCGUUGUCGCACUGGUCUCUGGACGUGGCGGCCGACACGCAGGAGGACCUGCAGGACUGGGUGAAGAAGAUUCGCGAGGUGGCCCAGACCGCAGACGCCAGGCUCACAGAAGGGAAGAUGAUGGAACGAAGGAAGAAGAUCGCCUUGGAGCUGUCCGAGCUGGUCGUCUACUGCCGGCCGGUGCCUUUCGAUGAAGAGAAGAUCGGCACGGAGAGAGCCUGCUACCGGGACAUGUCCUCCUUCCCCGAGACCAAAGCCGAGAAGUAUGUGAACAAGAGCAAAGGCAAGAAGUUCCUGCAAUACAACCGGCUGCAGCUAUCCCGUAUAUACCCCAAAGGCCAGCGUCUCGACUCUUCCAACUACGACCCCCUGCCCAUGUGGAUCUGUGGCAGCCAGCUGGUCGCCCUCAACUUCCAGACCCCAGACAAGCCCAUGCAGAUGAACCAGGCGCUGUUCAUGUCCGGCGGCCGCUGUGGCUACGUGAUGCAGCCCUGCAGCAUGCGCGACGACGUCUUCGACCCCUUCGACAAGAACAGCCUCCGCGGUCUCGAGUCGUGGACCAUUAACAUCGAGGUCCUGGGGGCUCGGCAUCUGCCCAAGAACGGCAGGGGCAUCGUGUGCCCAUUUGUGGAGAUCGAGGUGUCUGGGGCCGACUAUGACAACGCCAAGCAGAAGACCGAAUUUGUGGUGGACAACGGUCUGAACCCCGUAUGGCCCCCCAAGCCCUUCCAGUUCCAGAUCAUCAACCCUGAGUUUGCCUUCCUGCGCUUCGUCGUGUAUGAAGAGGACAUGUUCAGUGACCAAAACUUCCUGGCCCAGGCCACAUUCCUGGUGAAAGGACUGAAAUCAGGAUACAGAGCGGUGCCCCUGAAGAACAACUACAGCGAGGACUUGGAGUUGGCUUCUCUCCUCAUUAAGAUCAACAUCCACCCGGCCAAGCAGGAGAACGGCGAGCUGAGCCAGUUCAGCCCCGCGUCCCUGCGAGAGCGGGGUAGCGACUCGGGCCAGCUCCUCAAUAGCCGCCCCCGCGUGGGCUCCUUCGAAGCCCGCUACCAGCAGCCGUUCGAGGACUUCCGUCUUUCCCCGGAGCAGCUAGCCGAGCACUUCGAGGUCCGGGAGCGAAGGGCCUUGCGGAGGACCAGAGUCAACGGAGACAAUCGCCUCUAGCCUGUGCACCGCUCCCCGAGACGCCGGCCCCCGCCCACCCGCCCCCCGCCGGGGCCAGGGAGGGUCCUGGAAUGCUGCAAACUGGUUUCUAUGGAAACGGCAUUGCUCUGGCCUACUUUUGGGCAGCGUUUCUGGUUUCUCUGCCCCAGGUCACCGUUCCAACAGAGACACUAAACAAAAACCAAGCCAUUAAUGAAACAUAUUCCUGUAUAUAGCCUGGACCCCUUCCUCUGCCCCCUCGCCGCCCACACGGCCCAAACCCCGGCUGCCCUGGCGGGAGGGGGCAGGGGCGGGCCGGAGCCUGCCCGCCUCGCUGUCUUGGACGUCUCCUCGGUGGCGGUGGCAGCUUCGGUCACCCGGGAGCUUCGCGCAGCUCGCCGAGCACGGACGACGGGCGAGCCUGAACGUGGAGCCUUCCUGCAUCCGGGACCUGCUAAGCAGAACAACAAGGAGAAGUUUACACGGUCCUGUAGCUUUAAACGCCAGAAGAGAAGCCCCCACAGGUUUAAUGAAGCGGGGCCCCUACGUCAGCCGACGGUCUCGGCCGCCUGCCCCCGGAGCCCAGCGGGGGUGUCCCUGAGUGCGGGGGUCUUCAGGAUCGGGCCCUAGACCGCCAUCCCGUGGGCCAAGCACAGACCUCGGACAUCCAAGGGUCUAUAGGAGAACAUCAGUAUCAGUAUUCUAUGGGGGGGUGUGACUAAAUUAUUGACCACGCCCUGACUCCUUGGCCGGCUCAGCCAACCUGCCAGCUGCUGCUGACUGAGCAGGGGUGGGGGCUGGGAAGGCACUGUCCACCCUUACAGCUCUGGCCCUCCCCUCCCCUGCCCUCUGAGGGUGGGGGUGGCCUUGGAUUCACCGCUUAAGGCAGCCAGAGGCGGAGAUGAGCAGAUCCUUUGUUUUUCCAGGGGGAGAGAGGAUGUGCUUUGGGUGGAGGGAGUCUCGUGAGGAACAAAGAGGGGAAGGAGCUGCAGCCCGGGGCGGGGGAUGAAGGGCUCGGCUCCCCAGGCCGGGCCGGGCGCUCGGCUCGGACUGUGGCUUCUGUAACCCCCCUAUCAGUGGCCAUCAGCCUUGAGCAGGGUAAGAUGCUGUCCCGCCCUUGCCAGGCCGCAUUGUCUUUAUCUGUUUAGAAGAGGUUGGGGCUGUGCCUGAGGGCGGGGAGGCGGGGAGGGCAAGGGGAGAGCCCUCACUUGUCAGGGCAGCAGGCCUUCUUACCAGGCCUCGUCCUCACCUGGCCUCCAGCUCACUGCCCCUCAGAGGACCGACAGCAAAAAUAAAAGAGUCCUCAGGCUCCUCUCUCCCAAA